UUACGGUAGCGUCAACUGUUUUCGGCGACGUAAACAUGCGUUUGGUCCAGUAGAAGCAUCAGAGAUGGAGAAUUACAGCAGAGCUCAGGUGCUGGAGCAGCCGUCCGUCUGUCCCUUCACCAACCUGUCCGCCGACACCCCCGAGGUCCGCGUCAAAGACGGCAGCAAGAUCCGGAACCUGCUGCGCUUCGCCUUGAGCCGCAUGGAGGCCGACGCCAGGAGAGCCGAGGAGGAGGGGGAGGAGGAAGGAAGCCGGGGAGGUCCGGAGGAGGCGGCGGGCCGGCCGCUCUGCAGACAGAUCGUCUUCAGCGCCAGCGGGAAGGCCGUCUCCAAAGCCAUCACCUGUGCUGAGAUCAUGAAGCGGCGCCUGAAAAACCUCCACCAGCUCACGAAGCUCACCUACAGCAAAGUUCUGGAGGUCUGGGAGCCCCUGGAGGCCGCCGCCGGCCUCGACAGCCUCACCGUCAACCGGAACCUCCCCGCCAUCUGGAUCCUCCUCUCCAAGGAGCAGCUGGACUCCGCCCAGCCCGGGUACCAGGCGCCCGGCCGCUACGACGCCCUGUGGGCUCAGGCUGCGGGCAAGGAGGAGGGCGGGGGGGCAACGGGGCAGCGAGCGGGUCAGAGGAGGAAGAGAGGAGGAGGUGGAGGCAGAGGGAAGGGAUCGGGGCGUCCCGUCGGCCGCUCCAGGGAGCCUGGAAAAGGACAAACGUAGACGAUUCCGGAGCAACAGGACAUGAAAUGACUCCUUCAGAUGUUUGAUUCCACUUCCUGUUUAGUUGAACUUUUUCUCAGCAGAAUGAAAACAAAUAAAACCAGUUUAGUUUACUUCAUCUUCCUGGUUCUUUAUGGAAAAAGUUUUCACACCCAUUUCUACAAGUU